CCGGUAACAGGAAUAUUAUUAACAAGCACAAACAUUAAAUUGGUUAUUUCUGGACGGCUUUAAUUAAUUUAAUUAAAACCCGAAAUAUAAUUUUUAAGUUUCCAUUACAAUGAGUUACAUGUGAAGAAUACACUUAUGUCGUAUGUUCAUUGGAGAAGUUAUUUCGGAAAUAAAAUUGAACGUGUGAGAUUUUCAUCCAGACAACAAACAGACGAAUUCAAUUUGUGUGUUAGCAUCAACUCACGUUUAAAAUACGGUAGAUACUUAAUUGAAGACCGGAUAGUACCCCUCACACACAUCAAACGAGUAUUAUAUUGACGUCAUAAUGGAUGGGAUGGAGACCAUCGCUUCAAACAAUAUCAGUGAUGAAAUCAGCAGUGCUGCUGACGGCUAUUUUGGACGCCAUGAAUUUAUCACGACACAGCCUGCAGUAGCAGUUCCGUGUGUAAUCAUACUUUCUGUUGCGUCAUUGCUCGGAACGUUCGGCAACGUGCUCAUCCUCUACGUCAUUGCGACGAAUUCGAGGUUGCGUAACAAAAUGGAGUCAACAUUUAUCGUCAAUUUGGCCAUAUCUGACCUGUACGUCACCGUGAUCGCCGAUCCAAUGAGUCUCGUUGCAAAACUUGAAGGAGAAGAUUUUUUCGAAAAGGUAUCGGGACUAUGUGAGACCGUUGCGAGACUUUGCACGAUAUCAUGCGUAACAUCGCUAAUGACGAUUGCUAUGAUGAGUAUGAACAGGUACUUCUUCAUCUGCGCAAACGACAUAUACAGGAAAAUAUUUACAAGGAAGCGCUGUAUCGCCAUAUGCGUCUCCGUGUACUUUGUUGGUACCACUUUAGUUCUGUUAAAUACAGCAGGCGUCGGCGACCAUGGCUUCGAUAAAAAAAGUCUAGAAUGCAUCUGGGACCGUAUGGCAACGUACCAAUAUACAGUCGUGUUUUCGAUCGUUCUGGUCUGGAUUCCCGCAGUUAUCAUUGGCGCCUGUUACUUGAGAAUAUAUCUGUUCGUGAGGACACAUAGACUAAGGUUAAAAGAGACGAGAAAGCAUGCGGGUGGAAAUCAAACGCCGUUGAAAAGUUACCACCUCGCGAAGACUUUGUUUGUAAUCUACAUUGUUUUUAUCACAUGCUGGGCGCCAUAUGCGCUGCUUAUGGUGGCGGACUCUAAAGACACAUUUGCACAUGAAGUGCAUGUGUACAUCACAAUGUUUGCGCAUUUGCAUCCCUCACUCAACUGGAUAAUCUACUACCUCACGAACAAACAUUUUUCGAAGGCAUACAAAGAAGUAUUUGCAAGUUGCUGUUUGAGCGGCAUUCGCGCCCUGCCGGUGAGUGUCACUUCUGACACAACUAAAACUGAGACAAUUACGCCAUCAACUAUGAAAGCUACGAAGACAAAGCUUGAAAAUAGUCAGACAUACUCGAGUUCUUGUGACCAAGUGGAGAUGACAUCUCGAUAGGAAUGAAAUUAAGAAGGAUUUGAAUUAACAAAAUCAUGAAAAAACAGUGUAGUUAUUGUCUUAGUGAGGAAGUUUUGUCAUCAGCAAACGCGUAUUCAAUUGUUUGUGUACUAUUUCCCUAUUUUCAGUUGUUUUGUAUUAUUAUUUGAUUAUUUGUUAAUGUUCUGAUAUAAGGAAUAGUAUGUUUUAAGUAACAGCGCCCAUUACACGAUUUAAUUAAAUUAUAGACGAGCACGAUUGUUGGUGAAGUCGUGUUGUCAAGAAUUACUUCGUGCGUAUGUAAACACGAAUAACAUUAUAACUUAUCCACAUGCUAUAGCUCUGUUCCAAUAGAGUAAUUAACAACAAAAAGAGCACUUCCAAACACAGUAACUGUUUUGUAUCAUUAUGUCAAUCAUACAUAAAACUCUUGCGUUCUGAAUUUUGAACAUUUCAAAGAGAAGAAACUGUAAAGAUUAGAGUCAAGAUUUGGAUUAUUUUGAGUGACCUUUCAUACAGCUUAUUAAUUGAAACCAAGGAGGUUUGGUCUUUAAAGAUGCACUCUUACUCCAAAAUAAGAUUUACCACAAUUAAUAAUUAAUUGUUGUAAAAUUCCAAAUUGGAUGAAUAAAUAUCGAAAACAACGUUUCUUAUGCAGUAUACCAAGUUUAAUUGGAAAGAAGUGUGCAUAAAACACGGAAUUUUUACCUUAAGAGACUAUAGUAGAUCACAGUAAAUAUUUUAGCAUUCUUCAAUCAUUUAACAGUUUUGCGCUAUUGAAUACACGGUGACGAUCUUGUUAUCAGUAAUUAAUAUAUUCCAUAAAUGCAUAAUUUUGUGAGUAGUUAAAGGUUUAUCAGUCAAAAUUGAUGUUUGUUAUACAUGUGUAUGCAUUGAUUUUGAAUAAGAGUGUCACUUUAAAGUAUUUGUUUAUGUUGCUUAUUGUCUUACUAAUGUUCAUAUAAAAAUAUCCCUUAUGAUUUUCGUGUAAAUAUAUAAUGAUACUCUUUCUUAUUAAACUUUAACAAUA